AUGGCUGACACCACGAAGGUCACAAUCCGACAAGUCCUCUAUUUCAUUACGCUCCCUGUCAUAACCGGCAUUGCCUAUGGCUGGGAAGUUGGAGGCAUGGGUGGUAUCCUUGCCAUGCCCCAGUUCCUUGACUACAUGGACACACCAACCGACUUCCGCCAGGGAUUGAUGACAGCAAGUCUGAUUGCAGGCGAAUUCGUUGGCACCAUCCUGAUUGGCUUGGUUUCCGAUCGCUUUGGACGACGAAUGACCAUCUGGAUUUGCAUCGGUAUUUAUCUGGCUGGACAAGUCGUCCUCGUCGCCGCACAAAGUCAGGGAAUGUUCAUUGCUGGCCGCGUGAUCAAUGGCUUUGGUGCCGGUCCAUGGUUCCAGACUGUUUCGUUCUACUCGGCAGAAGUAACACCACCUCACAUCCGUGGUAGGGUGGCCGCGUCUCUCAAUUCCGGCAUCGCAGUCGGCAUUCUGAUGGCAUACUGGAUGCAGUACGGUGCCCUCAAUAUCGCUUCCACGGCAGCGUGGCGGCUUUGUUUUGCAUUGCAACUCUUGCCGGGUCUCAUGGUCGGUGCACUCAUCUUUGCCCGUCCUGAAUCGCCACGAUGGCUGGUCCAACACAAUCAAGACAGCCAAGCGAUCUCUAUCCUCGCCGACCUUCACAGCCAAGGUGACACCAACGAUAACUUCGUUCGCAUCGAAUACGCCGAGAUCCGCGCUUCUGUCGAUCUCGAAAAGUCCGGACAUACUCCUUCAUACCUGGCCCUGCUGGUCAACCCUUUGUACCGCCGUCGAACAGCCCUUGCCAUGGGCUUGCAAUGCAUGCAGCAGCUUUCCGGAGCAAACAUCGUGCUGUACUACGCCGCAAAAGUUUUCGCACAGACAGGCCGUACCGGCUCAUCAGCUGCGCUGCUCGCAAACGGUAUCUCCUCAGCCUUGCUCCUGGUCGGCACGGUGUCUCUGACGCUGCUCAUCGACUUCUAUGGGCGACGCAAGCCCAUCUUCGUCGGUCACUCUUCCAUGGGCAUCUGUCUUGUGAUCGUCGCCAGCAUCCUCCUCCGUUAUGGGUCUCCACACUUCGACCAAGUAACUCAAGCCGUGCAAUUCAGCUUCCAGAACACCUCCGCCGGCAACGCCGCCGUGGCCUUCAUGUUCUUGUUCCAGUUCUUCUUCGGCGCCUUCUCCAGCUCGUUGCCUUGGACUUACCACUCUGAAGUAUUUCCUCUCCUAGCCCGCGCCAGGGGAACGUCCCUAGCAGUGGCAGCAAAUUUCUUCACCAAUUUCUGGUUGGGUUUAUACAUUCCACGAGCGCUUAAUGCCGCCGGUUGGAAGCUUUACUACAUCUUUGGGGCCAUAAAUUUGGGGUGCGCCCUAAUCGGAUAUCUAUUCUACCCGGAGACGGCAGGGAGGAUGCUCGAGGAGUUGGAUCUGUUGUUCACGCCGGACAGGAACGUUUGGGUCUUUAUGGAUCGCGAUGCCAAGAGCAAGCAGGGACUGGUGGGCAAGGGGCUGGAAGGCGAUCCGGCGGCUGUGAGGAGAGAGCUGAUGGUGAGACUUGGUGGAAAUGACAGGCAGGAUACAUUACCGGCCCAAGAGGGAGCGCUAGGUGGCGAGAAGGAAGACGUUAGCUUCCAUCAUCGCGAGCUAUAG